GAUCUGUCAUUUCAUUUUUGCGGAAGCAGAAAUGAAUACACAUGCAGUAAGUUUAGAUAUUAACCAGUACUGCGUAUCUGUGGAGAAAUCAGAAGGGAAAACAAAGUGCAGCUACUGUGGAAAAUUUGUGUCUGGCUUAGAACAUCUUAGAUCACAUUUAGCUGGUAUGUGGAGGGAACAUGUUAGUCCUUGUGAUGAGGUUCCAUUAAAUGUAAUGCAAUUUUUCAAAAAAGAAUUACUAGAAAAGAGGUCACACUUAAGAAAAAAAGUCGGGAGUCUAGACCAUUCAAACAUUUCUUCUUGCAAGAGGAGCAAGUCUCACCACCAAUCAAAUGAUAUCGAGAUUGAAACCAUUGACAUUCAAGAUGUUGAUCCUAGUGAACAAAACCAAUCUCUAGCUUCUGUCAUAAGAAACACUUCUUUACUAACAACUUUAGAAUGUAGUGAAGCUCAACCGGGGCCAACUCAAGAAAGUAUUGCUAGGAUCUUCUACGAAUCAGGUAUUGAUAUCAACCCGGCCAAUUUAUGUAGUGUCAAGAAGGUGUUAGAUUCUAUUAUUGGCUCUGAGCAAAUGGAUAACAAUAUUAUUAUGCCUAGUUCCUCAAUGAUGGAAGGAAAGUUCCUUCAGGAUGAAGUGAAGCAAAUGCAUGAAUAUGUGAACAAGAUCAGGGAUUCGUGGACGAACACAGGUUGUAGUAUAUUGUUGGAUGGGUGGUUUGAUGAAAAUGGGAGAAAGCUUGUAAACAUUCUAGUUGAAUGUCCACAAGGUCCGGUUUAUCUUCGUUCAGAUGAUAUUUCUGAUGAUAAUGCCUUGGAGAUCUGCCUUGACGAAGUUAUUGCAGAUAUUGGGGUAGAGGACGUCAUUCAGAUCAUCACAUACACUGGGUCGCCUAAUAUGAAAGUGGUUGGCGAGAAGUUCAUGGAAAAGUACCCAAACAUUUUUUGGACGGUGAGUGCAUCUCAUUGUAUAGAACUCAUGUUAGAGAAGAUGCAAAGGAUCGGUAUGAUAAACAAUGUUCUGAUCAAGGCUAGAACCAUCACAAAGUUCAUUUAUAAUUGUGCUGAAAUAUUGAAGCUUAUGAGGAAUACUGGUGUUCAUAACUUGGUUAAGUCCUCGAGAAGUAAGUUUGCGGGUUGUUUUUUGACCUUAGAGAAUAUUGUAUCGGAAGAGGAGAAUUUGAAGAGAAUGUUCACGUCCUCAGAGUGGAUCACAUCAUCGUGGGCUUCUAGCACAGAGGGAAAAGAAGUGGCUGAUCUGGUGGCUGAUCAAUCUUUUUGGGAGGAUGCAUGGAUUGUCACACGAGGAACUAUCCCUGUGGUGCGUGUCUUGGAGUUGAUUAAUGAAAAGGAUAUAAUCACGGUUGGCACAAUAUAUGAAACAAUUGACCAAGUUAAAGAAACGAUAAAGAAGGAAUUUCACGGAAGAGAAUUCGAAUACAUGCAGUUUUGGAGUAUUAUAGACGAGAUUUGGGACACCCCUCUUCAUAACCCUCUUCAUGCAGCGGGUUAUUUUUUAAACCCCUGUUUAUUCUACUCCGCUGAUUUCUUUAAUGAUAUGGAAGUUUCGGGUGGUCUUCUAUGUUGUAUCGUUCGAAUGGAGAAGUCUGAGUUUGUCCAGGAUGCCAUCUCUAUGCAGCUCGAUGAAUAUCAAGAAUCCAAUGGUGGUUUUGGAGAAGGAAUCUCAUAUGACCGAAGAACAAAUAUUUUACCAAGUGAAUGGUGGUCUACUUAUGGAGGGGAAUGCCCUGAGUUGCAGAAAUUAGCUGUGCGGAUUCUGAGCCAAACAUGCAGUGGUGCUUCGAGAUAUCAAUUGAAGAGAACAUUGGCCGAGAAAAUGCUCAAGAAUGGACAGAAUUGGGAAGAUGAAAAGAGACUAACUGACUUGACAUUUGUGCAUUAUAAUCUUCAUCUAAAGAAUGUAAUUUCAGGUAUAGAUAGCAGCAAUGCUUUAGUGGAAGAAAUAGAUGUGCUAAAUGAUAAGUGGUUUGCUGAAACAGAAGAGUAUAAAAAGGACAUAUAG